AUGGACGUAAGGACCUAUAGAGGUGCUAUUGUCGACUUGAACCACUAUUCAGUCAUCGCAAGGAUCAGGGCAAGCAUCUCUAAUGCAAGAUAUAGGACAUCACAAAGACCUAAGAAAUGGGAUAUCGCAAAACUAAGACUUAGACCAAACCCCCUUCAAAAGCGACAUAAAACCCAAGACGCUCCACAACGAAAAAUAUCCGAUUGCAGUAGAGAAUUGAAAAAUGGGGGUGAAGACAUAGAACCACCAGACUUCGAGGAGUUUGAAGAUACCCUUGGCAGAAUAAAGAACAACAGUUCAGUCGGCUGA